AUGAGCAAGAAUGCCAUCUUUACGUUGCUGGCAAUUCUUUACUUGCUUAUGAACAUUGUAGCAUCUCAAAAUAGCUCCAGUGAUGAGUAUGCUCUUCUAGCCUUCAAAUCUCAAAUAACAUUUGAUCCAAAUAAUGUAUUGACUAAAAAUUGGUCACAAGGAACCUCUUUCUGCAAUUGGAUUGGCAUUACUUGUGGCACGAGACAUCAAAGAGUUAGGGGCUUGAAUCUAGCAGAUAUGGGUAUAGAAGCUACUAUUGCAAAAGAAAUCGGCGAACUCUCUUUUUUGAGAUCCUUGAUUAUUAGCAAUAAUAGUUUCCAUGGAUUUAUCCCUGCCGAAAUUGGUAACUUAAGCCAGCUUCGAGAAAUAGAGAUGCAAGACAAUGAGCUAAACGGUCCUAUUCCAGCAAGUCUUGGAUUUCUUGAAAAUCUACAGACGUUAAAUAUCUCGUAUAAUGGACUCACCGGAAAUAUUCCUAACAGGAUUUUCAACCUCUCUUCUCUUAUUGAAAUUAGUUUUGUAAACAAUAGUCUCUCAGGAAGUCUACCUAUGGAUAUUUGCUACAAUCUUCCAAAGCUACAAAAGCUAAGAGUUUCAGGGAAUCAAUUAAGUGGCAACAUUCCUCCAAGCUUGGGAACAUGCAGGAAUCUUGAACUACUUUCGCUGUCGUACAAUCAAUUUUCUGGAAGAAUUCCAAUGGAAAUUGGGAACUUGUCAAAGCUUCAAAUUCUCUAUCUAGGAGGAAAUAAUUUGACAGGAAAUAUUCCAAAUGAAAUUCGUAACCUUUCAGCACUUGCAUAUCUAGGUGUGGAGCGCAACGAUCUUAGUGGAAAUAUCCCAACUGAAAUUGGAAAUCUAUCAGCACUUGCAUAUUUAGCUCUGAGUCACAACGGUUUCAGUGGUAUGUAA